AUGCGUGUGUUCACAGAGGGCAUAGGAGAGGGCGUGGAGAGGGACGACUGUGUGCACGCCCUGAGCGGUCAGAUCUUCAUUGGGAUGGUGUCCUCGCAGUUUCAGGCCAGACUGGACACGGUCAGGCUCAUCGACGCCCUGGUCACCGCCUGUAUCCGCUUCGUCUACUUUUCAAUGGAGGACGAACUUCGCAGCAAGGUGUUUGCAGAGAAGAUGGGUUUGGAGACGGGCUGGAACUGUCACAUCUCUCUGACCCCAAACGGAGACAGUCCGUGUGACGGAGGUCCCUGCAGCCCGAGCCACGCCUCUCUGCACGAGGACCUGAACCAAGAUUCUCGUGAUGAAGCUGAAGGUCCUCUUCUGCCGGAGGAGGAGGCUCACUCGGACAUGGUCAGUUUCCAGCCCACAGACAGUGAUGUUCCCAGCUUCCUGGAGGACUGCAACAGGGCCAAACUACCUCGUGGUAUCCACCAGGUUCGCCCACACCUGAAAAAUAUCGAUAAUGUGCCUCUAUUGGUGCCGCUCUUCACGGACUGCACCCCAGACACCAUGUGUGAGAUGAUGAAGAUCAUGCAGGAGAACAGGGAGGUCACCUGUUGUCUGGGCAGUUCUGCAAACUUCCGCAACAGCCGCCUCUUCCUUCAGAGCAACCUCAGCAUAUCGUUGGACCCUCUUUACCCGUCCCAGUGCUCGUGGGAGACAUUUCGAUAUGCUACUGGAGGAGCCUUCAGUGAAGAGCUGGAGGGUCUGUCUCCUCUGAGGCUGUCCGGGCAGCUCAACAGUCUGGGCUGUUCUGUGAGCUUCCACAGGGGGGAGAGCGUUAGCAUGGUCCGGCUAAUUGAGCAGGCCCGGCACACCACCUACGGCAUCCGCAAGUGCUUCCUGUUCCUCCUGCAAUGUCAGCUCAGUCUAGUUAUUAUCCAGUUCUUGGCCUGUCUGGUGCAGCUGCCUCCUCCUCUCAACAUCACUGACAUUCUCUGGGUGUCCUGCUUUAGCUGCCCACUGCUCAGUGUGUCUCUUUUGGGCAAACCUCCCGACAGUUCAGUAAUGACUGUAGCCACCGGGAAAAACCUCAACGCCAUCCCGAAGAAGACGCAGAACUACUUCCUGGGCUGUUUCCUGCUGAAGUUCGGCCUCUCGCUGUGUGCCUGUCUUCUUGGCUUCGGCUUCACGCUGCAGGAGGUCUGUUGCCGCAGUAAUCUGAUGCUCGACAACAGCACUGCCAGCUCCGCCUCCAUCUUCACAGUGAGCUCCUCCGCUGAGGCUCCUGACUGGUUUGGACCCCUGUCCAGCAGCCUGCUACUGACUCAGAAAGUGAUGGCGGCCUUUCUGGUGUUACACACUGUGGUGAUUUCUCUGAGCUAUGUGCAUCGGUCUCAGUCUCUGUGGAGGAAGAGUCCCUUCAGCAACAUCUGGUGGUGCCUCACGGUUCCUGUGGUUUUACUUAGUCAGCUGGUGCAAGCCACAGUGGAUUACCUGUUUUGGCGGGACCAGAACAGCCUCCUGGACUUCAAGCUGCAGGACAUCCCUCUCUUAGCUUGGCUGCUGAUGUCUCUCUCCCUCCUGCUGGUGAUGGUGGUCAACGAAGUCGUCAAAAUGCAUGAAAUACGAGUGAGAGAACGAUACCAGAAGAGACAGAAGCUGCAGUUUGAGACGAAGCUCGGAAUGAACUCUCCUUUCUGA